AUGGCUGAACGAGAUAGUGACGGAGCGGAAAGAGAUGCAGAGGACUCAGAUGAGCUUUUUUCCACAGACCUCAAUGACAGCAGUGAGUCUGGACUGGACUCUACUCUGAAACUGGACCACUGUGACCUCCUGUUGGAUGCUCUUGACGCUCAGCUCAGUCGACUGCAGGUCCAGCCAAAGAAACAUUUGGACAUUUCCAGAGAGCUUGAUUGCAACUAUGAAGAUCCUCUGAAGUGGAGUCAUUCUCUGAGCAAAGACACUGGGCUUGGGAGUACAACUCGAACAAACGACAUUCCUAUGUCUUGUCUUGAUUUGAUACAAACUCCGACGAAAGAGCAAACCUCAGAGAGCUCAGGCUGUCGGACUGGCCAUGUCCCUCAUGGGGACACUAAUCAGAAACUAGACAGAAAGACAAGAGCCAAAGAGGAAAUGGAGUCUCAGAGGGAGCAGGUCAUCUGGAGGCUGGAGCGGCUGCUUGGAGACACCUGUAACGAGGGGAGGAUGGAAGGAGAAAUCCUCCCUCCUUCAGACAGCAUCUGCACCGAGGACUUUGUCAGCCGCUUCAGAGACGAGAUGGUGGAAUUAUCAUUGCCAGAGAGUUAUAUAGAGCAUCUAGACAAAGAAGAGGUGACUAAGAGGACAGAGAUAUCUGACUUUCAGUGUGAACAAAGAGAACACUUUAUACUUAAUGUUGACAAGAGAGGAACAGCAAUGACAGGGAAGAGCAGCGAAGACCCAGACAGUGCUCACUACUGUCAAAGUGAGGAGAAAUGUGUUUAUAAUAGCAACGGAGUAAAUACAUCAAGCAGCAAGAAAGCAGGAGCUGGAGAGAGAUACAACGCACCGCAGAGGCUAAGUGAUGAUAGCAGCAUCUCUCACAGAACAGAGGCUGCAGCAGAUCAUGAAACCACACAGCGCAACAACAGCUGUUCUCCUAAGGCCAGGUGUUUGGCAGGAAUACCUGUGUGGAGUUUUGACACCGUGUCCAUUGACAGCGACCUGGACUCAGUCUGCACGGAGCAGGUCAGGCAGCACAUCUACAGGCGGCCAGGAUGUCGCUCUCUCCUUCAGUCUGUCACAGGCCUGGAGGACUACUGUACCAACCACAGUGACUCUGACCCACACACACAGGGAGAAAGUGAACCGAGAUGUUCAUCAGGCCAAAGCUGCUCUUACGGAAAAGUACAGAACAGAAGUCCUUCUGUCCGUAAAGCACAGCGCAACAAGAGAGACACUUACAGACAUGUGUGUUCUUUAGAUGACAUUAACAAGGACACUGAACAGGAACUGAAUCCAAGGAGCAGCCGAUGCAGGCCUGAGAGGACAUCACAGAAGAUGCAGUCUGAUUGGGCCAAGAUGAAAGAGCGGCUCUCUACACUCCACCAAAAAUGUGAGAAAGAGGAGCAGAAGCUUCAGAGGAAGAAGACACAGUUAAAAGAUGUUGAGCUGUCCCUUUCUGAACUUAAACAAAGGAGAAAGCAUGCCUUGCAGGAAUUAGAGCGACUGACUGUAGAGAGAGGAAAGAUGGAGGAGGAGAAGAGAUCUCUGGAGGUCGCUCUGAGAGACAGCCGGGCUGGGAAGGAUGCUAUUAGUCGCCAGCUGCAUGAGCUGCAGAGGCAACGAGAGUCCUGUGUGCUCGAGGUCAGAGACCUGGAGGAAGAACUCACAGCGCUGAAGGAUGGUAGUUUCAUCGAGAGGCCCGGCUGUGUCGUCUUUUCAUUGUUAGAGAGGCAGGAGAUGGAGCGACAGCUGGAUAAUGCCAAAACAGAACUGUUCACUGAACAGCGACGCGCAAGAGAGAAGUUAGAGUCUACGCAAGAAAAGUUGGAGGAGACUUGUGAGGAGCUCCAGAGAGUCACAGAGGCAGAGAGCUUACUGAGGAACAGGUGUGCUUGUCUGGAGGAGAAACAAAGGCAGAAAAAGGAUCAGAUCGAGGCGGUAGAAUUUAAAGUCGGCGAGAUGAGGGGUGAGCUGGGAGAGUGUAAGGUCAGAGUGAGCACUCAGGAGAAGAUGUUGGCCCAGAAGGAGCUGCAGCUGCUAGAUUUACAGGAGCAACGUGGGGCCUUACAGGCAGAAAGAGAUGGACUGCAGGGGGAGCUAAAUCAUCUGAAAACCCAGCACUGCAGUGCAAGGAAAGAGGCCCACAAGCAAUCCCAAAGAAUGGAGGCAGCGCUGAAAAAGCAAAAGAAAGAAUUGGCUCUGGCUCAUCAGCAGCAAAUCCAAAAGGUUAAUAAGCAGACUGAAGAGGAGAAGGCAAACGCUCUGUCUCUCACACGACACAUCGAGUCCUUAAAAAGUUCCAUUCAGCUAAAAGAAGAGGAGACAAAGAAGCUGAGGGAUUCUCUGGAGACGCUGCAGCAGGAGACAAAACAACGUGAAGAGCAGCAGCAUAAAGAAGCCUUGGAAGAGGUGCACAAAACAAUAGAGCAGGAGAGGAGGAGGUGGGAGGCUGAAAAAGAGGAAGCCGUGCAGAUGCACUCUGGGUUACUACAAAUGCAGAACAGAAAGAGCCUGGAGAGCAUGAAGAGCGAGAUGCAGCGAGAGAAGAGUAAAGCAGUGGCUCUCCAACAUAAAUUGGUGGAACUAAAAACUAGAGUGCAGGAGAUGGAGAGUGAGAGCUGUGCUCAGCAGAGGGAGCAGGAGUCUGUGACGGCUCUGAUGUGCCAAACACUGAAAGAGAAGCACUGGGCUGAGCUGCAGAUGUUGCAGAGACAGAUGGCGCAGGAGAGUCAGAGGGCAGAGGAGGCUGUUCAGCUGGCGAAAGAAGAGUCUGACGGGAUCCGGCUGAUGCUUGGAGAAAGAGAGAGCAGCCUCAACCAAAUCACAGCUGAGCUACAGCAGAGGCUCAGGCACUUGACCCAGGAGCUGGGAACAGAGAGCCAGCAUCUGCAGCUCUUAGUGGAGCCGAGUGGAGCCAGACAAAGCUCUGUGCAACUACCUCACAGUCCUACAGCAGCCGAGGCUCUUAUAAACCUGAGAACACUAAGAGAGCAGUUGAAGCAUUUGAUAAACCGUCUUCAACAGGAGCUUUGUUCGCAAAAGCAAACCACUGAGCUGCUGAGGAAAGAGAAGGAGAGAGAAUUGAGCAUCCAGAGGCAGCAGCUGAGGCUGGACAGAGACCAAGCCUUGGAUUCUGUAAAGGAGCGUCUCAUUCAGGAACACAUCGAGGAGCUAAGCAGUCUGAACUGGCCUUGUAUGUGUGAUGGAGGAGCUGAGGGAGGAGGAGCGGCAGCUUCUCUUCGCAAACAGCUGAGGGCCAAAGACCUGGAGCUCAGGCAGGUGCAGAGGAGCAUGGCUCAGUGGAAGGAGCAGACUGCAGCUCGUCUUGCCUGCAAGUUCGAAGAAGAGUUGACAGCUGAACUAGAAAGGUGCAAGACAAAGUUGUUAAGGGGCAGAAAACCUUGUGAGGAGAGACAGACAGAGCCUGAGAGGCCUGAGGGAGAGAUGACGCUUAGUGCAAAGGAAUCUCAGAAACCAGCGUCCUCUCCCUCGCUCCAUGUUGUGGACUCUGCUGCCUCCCACAGCCCCUCAGACGUGACUUCAUUCAAGCUCCUGCGUUUCCUCCAGAGCAGAGUGAAGCAGCUCCGGGUGGAAAACCAGACCUGGAGCCCAGCGUCUGCAAACCCAAUCCCUUCAGAUUUGUCAGGAAUCACCCAAGGUCAACGCGUUGCUGUUAGUAUAAGUCACUCAACCAUCAGGACAGUCUCAAGUUAAGGACACCUUUCAAACACCAAUGAUAUCAUGUGUUGCAUUUAAAGCCACGUCUCUGUGGCAACAUAAAUGAAUCAUUUACUGUACAUGUGCUAAGGAUUUCAGAUUAACAAGCAGGUCACAGUGACAAAUGACACAACCCGAAGAAGUUCACAUUCCUCUGGGUCAAGUUUUAUAGCUUAUGGUUGCAAUGAACUCUGAAUGAGCGAUGAACUGACUUUUCAAUCAUGUGAGCACAGAUUUCAGAAGACAUCGUAAAGCUGAAAGGUCUCUGAAGGAUUCUUUUGUAUAAUCAUUAAUGUGAAAUUAAAUACAAUAACGUUCAGUAGAUGUCUGCCAAGUUCAAACUAUUGGUAAGCAUUUACUGUGACAUCUUUUAUAACUUUGUUGAAAUACCUUCAUAAUAUCAUUUACUGACGCUUUGUAAAAGAUGGUUUCCCUGUAAUCACAUCUGCUCUCACACAUGCAGUCUGUUGUUUCCUAUGUGUUAGCCAUGCUUCUGUACACACUGCGUAUUUGUAUUUGUGUGUUCGGUUUCUCCUGUGGUAUCAGAGCUGGCCUUAACCGAACAAAUACAUGAAGAUAGUUUCUGACAGGGCUGGGAGUGACCUUGAAAUGAAAUUGGUCACAGUAUUAAAUGUACAUUUGUGUUACAAAGUGGAGACUGUUGAACUCAAAAAGCUAAUAGGUCAUUGAUAAAAGCAUACUAAGCUAAUAAUACACAGCCCAGCCAAAAAAAAAGGUCACAAGCCUGUGGGGGACAGUGCUAUGAUCUGGGGUUGCUGCAGUUGGUCUGGUCUAGGUUCAGCAAUGUGCCCAAAGAAUGAGGUCAGCUGACUACCUGAAUAUACUGAAGGACCAGGUUAUUCCAUCAAUGGAUUCUUUCUUCCCUGAUGGCACGGGCAUGUUCCAAGAUGACCAGGAUCCAUCGGGCUCAAAUUGUGAAAGAGUGGUUCAGGGAGUAUGA